GGGAGGGGGUGCUCCUCGUAAAUUUGGUAUUAUUGCAAACAAAAGCGCAAGCUCGUCAGCGUUAAAAAGUUGUUCUAAUAAUACUUGGAGGCGAAUAGUGGUGUAGUUGAUAUGUCGAUUGUGAUUCCGGUGCGCGGUUCCACUAGCACUGUGGAAAUCUUCAACGACGAGCUGCCGGACGUGUCCACCGACGUGAUCAACCUGUUGCGUGCCGAAUUGGCACCCCUGCGCACAUGGUGCGAAUUCGCGGUGGCCUACCACAACCAGGGCCGCGAAGAACAGUUUCGCGAAGUUUUACUUGGCGUCGUCGAAGCGUUUGAUGUGUAUGAGAUGCAAGACUUUUACCGAAGAGAACCAGGAGUUUUUGAAGCUGGGCGGUUACGUGUGUUAAACUUACUAGCGGCCUCUGCUACCAACAACUUCAUACGCGAGUUGCGGACAGAUGCACGGGAGGCGAGUCCAUCUAAUAUUUAGUGGGAUGAAGGGGGACUUCUAUGCAUGUAGGCGUGGAGACAAAAAGUUCUUGAAUAUAUUGGGCGCGCUGAUAAAAUUUCUGACGCGAGCCCACAGACCUGGCUGAUAAAAUCUAUCUUCUGGAUAUCUGAGUAUCAUCGUGAUGCGCGAGCAUUGGAAAAUGCGACAUAUUACGCUGAUUCAUUACUUCGCAACAGCAACGAGAUCUCGUGUAGUGCCAGGCUUGUGAAGGCUGCAAUUUUGUUCCAUGAAAAGAGAUAUGCCGAUGCACUACAACUAUACACGCGUGCUCUGCGCUCCGACCCCAGAGCAGCAGGUUCAAGUGUGCGUAUUGGCAUUGGGCUUUGUGCUUACCACCUUGGAGAUACGAAUACUGCCCUCGCUGCGCUCGAACGUGCUGUUGCUCUUUCUCCAAGAUGCGUUCCAGCUCUAGUGGCAACUGCGUUUCUGCGACUCAUACGUGCAAGUGAACUUGGCAUUGGGGAGAACUGCAUUAAAAAGUCAGCAGGUUCCCUGCGCCGAGUAUGCGAUACUUAAUAUAUUCAAAAUCAAAUAGGCAGUGCUGCAAGAUCCGCACCAGAGUAGGCAGGGGGUCUGGAAUGAAGCGACACCAUUGCUUAUUCGCGCACGAGACUUAAAUCCUGCAUACUCUGUUGCCCUUAAUCAUCACGCCAACUACAUGUUCUGGGAGCACCAAGAAGCCUUGUUCGUUGGCUACGCCCAAUCGAAUGUUGCAUGCAUUCUGUCUUACACUGACCCGAGAGCACUGCUCAAGUCUGACGCACAUAUCAGGGUAGCGUUCGAGCAAAAUAACAAACAAGCACUUGAAACCCGAGUUUUGAAAAUAACACUGGAACCUGGCUCAAAGAAUUGGUGGCGAGUGAAGUUAAGUUCCACAUUACCAUUGCUUUCAAAAAAUGAGAUACAUAAAGUAGCAAUACGAAUCAUACGCACCCCUGAGAUUGAAAAAUUGGCAAGCCGAGCAUAUCACUGUGGUUUCCUGUGUCUACUAGUCCACGACCAUGAAUAUUUCAAUCCAGGCACCACGGUGCCUGAAAUUCAAGCCGAGGCCUACUUCAUUUUGGGUCGUAGCCACCAUGCAAGUGGCAACAUGAAGGUAGCGAUGCCUUACUAUACACAAGCCUGCAAAUUGUCGCCAAGUUUUGCCUUGGCGCAGUAUCGCCUUGCACAAGUAGUACUCGGCGUGAUAUUUUGCCCUGUCAGUAAUUUUGACAUGGUGCGCUUGACCUAGGUCCAGGCUGCAUUGGGUGAUUUGCCAAUGGCCCUUGAAGCGGCAGAGACUGCCCUUGCGUUAGCGCCUCACGCACCCGAGGUCCUCCAAUUGGCUGGGAUUUUGCGUCUCGAAUCACACGCUUUCCACACUUCUCACGAAGUCUUAAGUCUUGCUGUUGCCGCAGACGCUGAUAACCAUCUCACUUGGCUUGCAUUGGCUAUGUCGUUAGAACGCAGAGUUAUAAUGGGUAGUCGCGACCCGGCUGUGAUUGCAAGAGUUGUUGACGCGUAUUGUACUGCUGCCGACCUUCUGCGUGAUCGUGGCAUUCCAGUUCCAUAUCAAGUGUCAAACAACACUGGUGUGCUUCAAUUUGAGCUCCAUAAUAUAGUUUCUUCCCAGGCGGCCUUUUUGGCAGCCCUGCGUGAUUGCAGCAGACGCACUCACUUCAUUGGUGAAGUUCAUUAUGAAGAUAUGGAAAUUGAUCCUAAUGUAUUACUCGCUGUCGGUCUUGCCAAAUCUCCUCGUGAAAACGCAAGGUCGUGUCAAAUCUGGAAGUGCGUGGAUGGGGAAGCAUGGCUAGACUCAGUCGAUUGUUGCAAAUUGUGGACGACUGGUCAUACCGUUCUUGCCUUGCGCAUAGGUGAGCGCAUUCGCAUUGGAAAUGGUGAUGAUGCCUGCAUCGUUCGAGUAAGGGGCAUCUGCGCACUGGAGAUCACCGAUGAAAUAAAAAACACAAGAGAUCUCAGCACCUUGCAUUCAUGUGGGCAGAGUUUUUCUAUUGCACUUUCUGAGCCGUUGCGUCGUUAUUCUGGAGCCAAAAUACAAAGUAUUAAAAUUUACCACAUUCAAGCACUUGAGCAACAUUGUACUGAUAAAGCAAUUGCGUCUGUAUAUGCCAACCUUACACAGCUCCAUGUCGCAGCUGGUGAUGUCAUCACUGCUGGCGAGCUCGCCACGAAUGCAAUACAGAUAGUACCUACCAACAUUCGCGGGAUGCUGUUAGGUGCGAGACUAGCCCUCAUUACCAGAAAAUUGGAUCAAUGCCGUAUAUAUCUUGAUGAAGUCAAUUCACUCGCCUUUGAUCACCUUCAAAAAUUGAACAACACUGCCUCAUCAGGGUUGUUCGAGGGCAGCAACCGAGCGCACAUAGUUGAUGCACUUGUAUUUUCAGGCGGUAUUUGGGUCGAAUUGAAAGAGUUUGGUAAGGCCCGUAGUUUACUAGGAGACUCUCAAAGACUCUGUGAAGAUAAUGAAGAUAAAUUCCUUUCACCACUGUAUUCAAAUGUUGCUAUAAGCAAACUUCACCUUUUCACCAACCCUCAUGGGAUUGAACUUGCCGUCGAUCGUGCCCUCGCAGCCCUGAAAGCCUGUGCCUCAUGUGAUGUGGUUCUAGAAAAUAUAUCUCAACAGCUAGCGUCGUCUAUUUGCGCAACUUUACAUCUCAUGACCACACUUUUCAGGCUGCGCGAGCCCUUGGAGUUGUAUUGAUGGGACUUUGUCAGCUUGACGAUGCGGCUCAUAUUUUUGAACGAUUGCAAGAUGGUGUCACAACACGUACCGUAGAUGCAAGAAUUAAUUUGGGAAAUUUCAACUGCACGCGUGGUCGAUGGUUAGAAGCGGCAACAGAAUAUACUGCCAGUACAAACAGCACACCGACAACGCAAGACUCGACUCAGAACAGCCGAGCCGACCUACACUACUUGCUGUCUAGGGCAUAUUUUGGAGUGAACGACGUAAAAGCGUCACGGUGGACUUUGACAGCAGCAGUUCACUUGAAUCCCAAUAGUUUGUCCUUUCGUCGGCAUUGCCACUAAGACAUGGUCAAAGGAUACUAUUGGAAAAUGCCCAGGCUAUAAAAUCAGAACCAUCAACUGUGACCUACAACGAGGUUUGAUGACCUUCCCCUUCCAGGAGUACUACCCCCAGCACUCUCAGGCUAGGGCCACCAGAUGCCCACUAUGUACGAUGCGCAUGCAUUUUAUUUAUUUAUUCAGUAUGAUAGUGUCGUCCUCCUAGGGCCCAUAGGGGAAGAGAAGCCAGACUCGGAGCCCAAGGAUUCCUUAGAGUAUCCAAAAAUGCGCACUUUUGGGGAUGAAGGGACCUGGGACUGACACACCUCGGGGUGUUCUAAGGAUGCGUCGACACUACUAGUUACUGGGGAAGAGGUCACCGUGACUGUCGAAGUACCCGGGCCGUGACCAUAUUCUGGCCUGUCAUUUUGACCCCCCUUCUUUUUGAGUCUUGUUAAACGUACAAGUAGAUUAUCGUAGCUGGCAUGUGCCACUGAGAGCGCAACCAGGUCGGGGGGAGUGUUCAUGUUUCCUCGUCAUGGCGUGUGCGUGCAUAUUUGUUUUAUUACAUUUCUAAGCUUACAAGUCUAAUGGUCUAUGAGCGUAGCGAAUACUACAGUACUAGUACGGCUGCCAGUGAAAAUGGUCAUGGCCCGGGUACCCUAUAUUGCUCGAAAAUGGUGUACACUGGCAAUGGUUUGACUCGGACCCGGGCCCUUUAUCAUCUUGGGCCGCCUCAACUUUUCCGUCGCACUUUUAAGAACUACGAGAAGCCUGAGUAGUAAAUUUUAGAAUGAUGAGGC